UAUCAUACCAGCAAUGCAGGUGGCAAAGAAAUCAGCAGGGAUUCCAAUGGACCCCAUCAUCAUGGCUGCUGAGUCAGGAGCGGGGAAACUGGCGGAGAACAAUAUCAUGGGGGCGAUGAUGAGCCCUUAUGAGAUGGUGAGGCAGCUGGGGGCGUGCAACGCGGUGGUGGUGUUCAGCAUGAGCGGCUGCUGCAUGUGCACCGUGGCCAAACGCCUCCUCUUUAGCCUCGGGGUCGGCCCCUCCAUCAUCGAGCUGGACGAGCACGUGGCGGGGGCCGACAUCCAGGCCGUUCUGUACGAGCUGGCGGUAGACGGCCAGCAGCCGAUACCGGCCGUGUUCGUGGGAGGGAAGUUCUUAGGUGGCGUGCAAGCGCUCAUGGGUUGCCACAUCAAUGGCACCCUCGUCCCUCUCCUCAAAGACUCCGGUGCUCUCUGGCUCUGAUCAUCAACAUCAUCAUCACCGCCAUGAUCGUCAUGUCAUCAUCUUAGAAGUAUUUAAUUGUUAGGUUUUAUUAAUUUCUAGGCUUAUUACAUAUAUAGUCUGAGCAGUAAGGUGGUUGUACAGACUAUAUGUAGCCGAGCUAGUUAAUAUCAAUAUCUGACAGUUUAUUAAUAUUACAA